AUGGCUGCAGCCCACGUAGGUCCCCUGCCUCGUUCUGCUGGUCGAGGCCUGCCUCACUCGGCCCUCCUGCUGAUCUGCCAGAUGCUCCCUUCUCUCUCGCCCGCAGUAUCCCUUCCCUUGCCUCUCUGGCUCGCUCCAGGCUGUGCAUCAGCCCGCUGCCCCCCUCUCUGCUGUCGCGUUGAUCCCAUCCUCCCUCACCGUCACGUCUUCCAUCACGUUGCCCAUACCGGCCAGGCGAGCGAGACCCACCGCCGCGCCUUUCAUUCUCGCUCUGUUGCUUGUGCUGCGAGCGGUAUCCGCCUCCCCUGUUUCCUUCAUGCCGCAGGUGCCGUUCGGGCGAGCGGUAGCCGCCUCUGCGCCUCUCCUCUCGAGAGUCAUACGGAUCUGGUGAGCGCGAAUCCCCUCCGCUUCUCCAGUCGUGAUACUUCCGAGGAUCUGGCGAGCGCGCGUUGCCUCCGCGCCCACUUUCCCUGUGCUGUCGCGGCUCUGGCGAGCAGUGGCCGCCUCCUCGCCUCUCCUCACGCAGCGGCCGCAAUUCUGGCGAGCGGUAACCGCUUCCUCGCCUCUCGUCAUGCUGCCGCCGUGGCUCUGGUGAGCGCACGCCGCCACCGCGCUCCCCGUCACGGUUCUGCCGCUGAUCUGGCGAGCGCGCGCCGCCACCACGUCUCCCAUCACGAUUCAGCCGCGGAUCUGGCGAGCGCGCACUGCCUCCUCGUCUCCCGUCACGAUACAGCCGCGGAUCUGGCGAGCGUGCACCGCCGCCGCGUCCCCCGUCACGAUGCAGCCGCGGAUCUGGCGAGCGCGCACCACCGCCGCGUCCCUUUUCGGGAUACAGCCGCGGAUCUGGCGAGCGCGCACCGCCUCCGCAUCCUCCGUCACGAUUCAGCCGCGAAUCCGGCGAGCGCACGCCGCCGCUGCGACUCUCGCCCCUUUGUUGACGCGGAUCUGGAGAGCGCGAGCCACUGCCACGCUUCCCGCCGUCACCCUUCUCUCCGCCGCGCGGCUGGUCUCGAGUACUGCCCUUUUCGUCCGCCUCCGCCGCACUUGUCUCCACCGCCACGCCCGCCUGCACGGGAUCGUCGUCGUUGA